AUGUUCAUUAGCUUUUUCACCGAAUUGAAAUCCGCCGGCAUUCCGGUUUCUCUCCGGGAGUAUCUGACGCUUAUGGAAGCGCUGGAAAAGGAUCUGGCAGAAAGAAGCGUCGAAGAUUUCUACUAUCUCGCACGGCUGUCGCUGGUGAAGGACGAGAGUAAUCUCGACAAGUUCGAUCGGGUCUUCGGUCAUGUGUUCAAGGGCCUGGAUCUCAUGAGCGACGUCCCGGUGACCGACAUACCGGAAGAAUGGCUGCGCAAACUCGCCGAAAAGCAUCUGAGCGAUGAGGAAAAGGCGCAGAUCGAAGCUCUUGGCGGCUUUGAAAAACUCAUGGAGACGCUCCGCGAACGGCUGAAGGAACAGGAAAAGCGACAUCAGGGCGGCAACAAGUGGAUCGGUACGGCGGGAACCUCUCCCUUCGGUGCCUAUGGCUACAAUCCGGAAGGUGUUCGCAUCGGCCAGAAGGAAAGCCGGCAUCGUCGUGCGGUAAAGGUCUGGGACAAGCGCGAUUUCAAGGACCUCGACGACACACAGCUGCUCGGCACCCGCAACAUCCAGGUUGCACUCAAGCGGCUGCGGAAUUUUGCGCGCACCGGGGCUGCAGAGGAACUCGACCUCGACAAUACGAUCCGUGCGACCGCGCACAGGGGCCUUCUCGACAUCAAGAUGCGCCCGGAGCGGCAUAAUGCCGUCAAGGUACUGCUUUUCUUCGACAUUGGCGGGUCCAUGGAUGAUCAUAUCCGCGUUUGCGAGGAGCUGUUCUCGGCAGCCAGAUCCGAAUUCAAGGUGAUGGAGCAUUUCUACUUCCACAAUUGCCUCUACGAAUAUGUCUGGAAGGAAAAUCGUCGCCGUCACACCGAACGCAUCGAGACGAUGGACGUGCUGCACAAGUACCCGGCCGACUACAAGAUCAUAUUUGUCGGAGAUGCCUCGAUGAGCCCCUACGAGAUUGCCUAUGCCGGUGGCUCGGUAGAGCACUGGAACGAGGAAGCGGGCGCGGACUGGAUGCAGCGUGUCACCAAUCUCUACAAGAGUGCGGUAUGGCUCAAUCCGGUCCGCCACGAGCAUUGGAAUUACACGCACUCAAUCCAGAUGCUGAACGAGCUGAUGGAAGGCCGCAUGUUCCCCAUGACAGUGGAGGGCCUGUCCGAUGCCAUGAAGGAACUGGCGCGCUAG